AUGAAGAAGGAGAUUACAUCAUGGCAAUUGGCAAAUGCUAAGCUUGCAGGGGUCGGUGGCAGACUCAAGAAUAAUGGAAUGUGUAGUGGCUUUGUCCCAUACCUCCAUUGCAGAUGCACACUCCCUCACUAUAAUGAACCAUCCUUGCUCAACUUCUCAUCUCUGCAAAUUCUCGAUCUUUCCCGUACUAGUUAUUCCCCUGCCAUUUCUUUUGUCCCCAAGUGGAUACUCAAAUUGAAUAAACUUGUUUCUCUUCAAUUAUGGGGUAAUGAAAUCCAAGGUCCGAUUCCUGGUGGUAUUCGAAACCUCACACUUCUUCAAAAUCUUGACUUGUCUUUCAAUUCAUUCUCAUCUUCUAUACCUGAUUGCUUAUACGGUCUUCAUCGUCUCAAGUUCCUGAACCUAAUGGACAACAACUUACAUGGGACUAUUUGUGAUGCCCUGGGAAAUUUGACUUCUCUUGUUGAACUUGAUUUGUCAUAUAAUCUACUUGAAGGAACCAUUCCAACUUCUUUGGCUAAUCUCUGCAACUUAAGGGAGAUAGGUUUAUCAUAUCUCAAACUCAACCAACAGGUUAAUGAACUUUUAGAAAUUCUUGCUCCUUGUAUAUCCCAUGGACUCACAACACUUGCAGUUCAGAGUUCACAACUUUCAGUGGAAAUCCAUUUGAAAGUAUUGGAUCACUCUAAAUUGUCAUCUCUGCGUAUUGAUGGCAAUAAUUUUCAAGGAGUUGUCAAGGAAGAUGAUCUUGCAAAUCUUACAAGCUUGAAGGAGUUUCAUGCAUUAGGGAACAAUUUCACUUUAAAAGUUGGUUCCAAUUGGCUUCCUAGUUUUCAGCUUACCUGUUACAAGCAGAAAUGUAAACCUGGUUUCGAGGACCAGAGGAUAUUACAGGAUCAGAGUUUGUUAUGCUUGUCUCCUACUACUCGACAAGUUCCAAGCAAGGCUAAUUGA